UCAUAUAAGCUGAACCUGGACUGUUUGAUCAACACAUAAACAAUCACCAAAGAACAAAGAAUGUCGCUGAUCUUUAAGACUAUCAACGAUAGCUUCGCCCUGCGACAACUUCACCUUCACGGUUGCUGUUCAAGUAUCCUUCAGCUUCGCCAUCACGUCUGUUACCGACGCUGCGCACAUAGUGCAAGCUUCUCAAACUCACUCCACUUCACAUGAAAGUCGCGAUCGAAGCAGCGACCAGUGUCGCGACAUGGCUCACCACACUCAUCAUGUCUGUCCUGGUCGCCACUAAUGACACAUGCUGGUACAUCAAUUCUGAUGUAGCCCACCCUCUAAUUGUAGAAGCAGACUGCUCCUUUCCAACCCUAGAGUGCAUUCGCAAGGCCAAAACCUACGGCCUCUUGCUGAUUAAGGAAAGGGAGGAUAAAUACUGGUUCAACAUACACAAGGAAGAAGCUCAAGCCAACGCAAUAAGACACACGAAAGAAGCCCGUAAUGAAUCCGCCACCAAUGGUUUCUCCAAAGCUUGGAAAUACGAUACCAUGGCUAGCAAUCCAUCGGUGUGUAGCACUGUCAAUAUACAUCAGCAUAAUUAUUUCACAAAUUACAUCGUCAAUACCGGCUGUAUCGUUGCUGAAUGCACACCACCGCCGUCACUUUCAGCCGGCACCAGUAUUCCCAUUCAACGACUCAGUAUCGGUGAUGGGAUAGCACACUACGACUUGACAGCUGAUGGAGUAUUCAUAGCCAUCAUGUUGUUCAUUUGCUCCAGUAUAGCUCAUCUAUGCUUCUCUCUAUCUCGUUGCUGUUGGCGCUGCAGGAAGUCUAAGCCGAGGCAUAGGCCAGUUGAGCGAGUUGAGCGGAUUGUGACGCCGGAAGGGCUUCAUUAG